AGAUAUAAGGUUACAUGACUAUUUAUAGAGAAAGUUCAUUGUUCUUUCAUUUUUUGGGGAGUAUAAAAACUGUCAAAGCAGUGUAUCUCUCUUCUAACGUUUAAAUUAACAUACCUUUGGUAGCUGCCAGAUACCUGCAAGCAAGAUAAGAAAAAGCUGUGAAUAUCUGAGUUCUUCUUGAAGAUCAAACAAAGCAAAACUGGUUGUAAGAAUCGUUUGUGGAUUAGAUUCAAAAUGAUUUCAGCAACAGACCAUUCUUUUUUGACAUGGGAGGAAAUCGAACCCUUGAUUCCACAUAUUAAGGACCAAUCAAGAAUGCAGUUUGUUCAUCUGUAUAGAAAAUAUAAGGACCAAAAUAAUUAUCCCUUUUAUUGGGGCGAUGAGAUUGAGUUUUCAUUAAUACAAUUUGACCAUGAUCAAAAAGUUGUCCAGUUAUUGUUGAAUUCCAUGUCCUUACUUGAAUCUCCUGAAGUAAAGGGAUUAGAAUCAAGCGAAUGGGUUCCAGAAUGUCUCGAAUAUAUUCUGGAAGGCAUACCAAAAAACCCAUUUGGCAGUUCCAUCACAGAUUUGAACCUUACCGAAGAACAUUUUAAAGAAAGACGUAAAGCAAUUAAACAACUUCUCAGCCCAAACCAAACUCUAGUUAGUGUGCCAUAUUUUCCAAGAUUCGGCUGUCCUAAUUUCACUUUUCCAUCUUACAAAGCAAACAAGCAUCCAGUCGAACUUCACCAAUCAGUUUUCAUAGGAGAUGCAGCACUGUGCUCCCAGACUCCAUACUAUAUAACCUCGUAUAAAAAUUUAGCUAAAAGAAGACAAGAAAGAAUGGUAAUCAAUGUACCGCUUUAUAUAGACAAAAAUACGAUGAUGCCAUACGGAGAGGAUUUGUCUGAGUAUGAAGACAAUGAAGAGAUGAUGAAAGCAUUGAAACCAGGCCACAUUUACAUGGAUACUAAAUCAUUCGGAGUCAGUUGCUGUGUUAUACAAGUUACAUUUCAAGCUGCUGGUCUGAAAGAAGCUGCUUAUCUCUUUGACAAUUUUGUGCCUCUUACUCCGAUUAUGACAGCACUGACAGCUGGAUCACCGAUUUAUCGAGGACUUUUAUCUGAAUUUGAUUCCGCUUGGAGACCCAUGUCUUGGUCUUGUGAUGAUCGUACCAGACAAGAACGGGGAAUAGAACCUUUGACAGAAGGCAAAGUUUUGGUGGACAAAACUGGUUUUGAUUCAAUAGGAAGAUACAUUUCUGUGGACAACCAAUUCUAUAAUGACUAUGAUUACCGUUAUGACCAUAGGCAGUAUGAAUUACUGAAGGCUGAAGGUAUUGAUGAAAUAAUCGCCAAAUAUGUCGCACACCUCCUUCUUAAAGACCCACUCAUUUUACGCAAAGAGAAAAUUGAUCAAGACAUUUUCAAAGAUUCUGGUCAUAUUCAGGCUAUCUUUAAUAGUAAUGGACACAGCUUAAAAUUGAAGCUCCCUGAUGAGAAAUCUGGAUGGAAAGUGGAAUUCAGAACAAUGGAGGAUCAGUUGACUGACUUUGAAAAUGCUGCUCUUGUUGUAUUCCUUAUUCUUCUUAACCGAGCUAUAAUUACUCUCAAGCUAAACCUUUUGAUCCCAAUAACAAAGGUUGAUGAAAACUUCACAUCAGCACAAAAGCGGGAUGCCAUUAAUAAAGAAAAGUUUCACUUCAGAAAAGAUGUCCAAAAAGAAUUUGCUAAUUGUGAACUAACAGAUGAUAUUUACACUUUGAUGACUUUAGAUGAAAUCAUGAAUGGAAAGGAUGAUUUCCCUGGUUUAAUUCCUCUCAUACACAAAUACCUUAAUCAAUUUGAUUAUGACGCCAGUAAAAGGCUACAAAUAAUGCAAUACCUGAAAUAUAUCUCAGACAAAGCAGCAGGUGAGACGAUUCAUUUGUUUUCAUCAAUAUUAAACAAAUUUUAUCUUAAAUAUACAACAUUUACCCUCCAAUAAUGCUAGUUUCUUUUCUAAUUAUCAAAUAUAAUUGUGCCAAAGUUUGAAUCCAAUAAUUUGUCAACGUGAAUGUUUCUAGAGAUUUUCUGUAAAGUACAGUAGUCACGAGUAAUAAAGUAUGUAUAUACAUACAUACUCAUGCAUCCAUGUAUGAUGUAUGUAUAUGAGAUAAUGCUGAAGACUUUCUGGUUUUUGGUAAAAGAAAAUACAGGUGGAUCAGUAAAUUAUUUUAUUCGAAAUAUUCCCCUCUCAGAUUCACACACUUAUUGGCAGCGGUCCUUCAUAUAGUCUAAGCCCUGUUAAAGAGCUCGAAAGGUUGGGCCAUCAACCAAGCCUUUUGCAAUAUUCUUUAAGCGAAGAACUUUUCAGCACUAGCAUGUGUGUGUGUGUGUGUGUAUGUAUACACAGGAGAAACUAGAAUAACGGUUGAAUACAGGUCAAAGUACAAUUCAAAAGUAUUAGGAAAAAAACAAUCUGUAGACUGGAGAACACACUUAUGUAUGUAAGUCAGUUAUGUGCUGCCAAAUGUCUGAGUGACUUGUACAUAGUGCAGUGCUUUUAUGUCUGUGAGUCAAUGCAGUGUAGUCUGUGGGUCAGUGUUGUCUCUUCCUAUGAGUUGGUACGGUGAACCAAUUCAAUUAUUUCUGAGCUUCUGGACAAAAGCAGCUGAAGUUGGCUGGUGUCUUCUAUAUCACAGUAAAUUUGAAUGGUAAAAAGCUUGUUUUUCAACCACAUGUUUCCAGGCUCAGUUUCACUGAGUAGCGAAUGUCUUCUACUAUAGCCUUGGGCCA